CACAGUAGGCUGCACGGAGAUAUAAAGAUCACACAGGAAAAAAGGAAGACGGACUGAGCUGGCGUUCUCUGAUAAGGAUAUCAUGAAGCUGCAGACUGUAACUGUUUUGGUCUGCCUUUUUGGUGCUAGCCUUUCACUUCCUUUAUAUCAACAGCAAUUUGGAAUCCUCGCAAGUAACAGCAAUGAGAUCUUGCGAUUCAAUGGACUGACCCUGACAGGUGUAGGCUUUGGGCAAAGACAAAUGCAGGCGUCUCCGUUCAUGCCCCAGUACGUGAUCCAGCAGCAACCUGAACUGGGUCUCCCCCAGAUGGUGAACUUUAACCCCCAGGUGGGAGGCCCUUUCGGCCCCCAGAAGACGUUCCCUACACAGGGGAACCAGCUGCCCCCCGUGCUGUACACCAAUGCCCAACAGGAGCAUCCUGGGGCCUCCCAGGACCCCAACAACCACAAUAUCCAAAUUAACCACCAGCAACCUCAAAACCCUGCACAGGGGGUUCCCCAGUUCCCUCAGUACUACCCAUCCUUUUCAUUUCCCCAGCAACCAAGAAUGCAGGGCAACCCCUACUACACGUCUUAUGGUUACCCCAACUACCCCCAGCCUAACCAGAACCAGGUGAACGGGCAGAACCAGCAGAACUCGGAGAAGACCCCUCAGAAACCACAGCUCCCACUACAGGCUGCUCAACCUCAGGCACCAGGAAAGACAUGGCCUAAAAGAUUCCAGACAGAGGCUGCCAACCCUCCACCAGAUCACCGUGGAGACACAGUUGACCCUGGCAUAGACGAGGUAUGACCUCUACUUCUUAUACUAUGACUAUAACCAUACUAAUAUAAUAUAUUAUAGUAUGUAUACAUUGUCUAUAUAGAUUAACAUGUGAUAUGAAACAUAUAUUGUUCUUGUUAUCAUGUCAUCAUGCUAAACAUUUUUUACAGGGUCGUCCCAACUUCUCAUUCCUGUUUGAGCAAUA